AUGCCAACCAUUCCAGUUGAUAAAGAAGAUCUUUUCCAGUUAUUGGGUAGAUCAUACACCACUGAAGAAUUUGAUGAGUUGUGCUUUCAGUUCGGUAUCGAAUUGGACGAAGACACCACUGAGGAAUGCCAAGGUGACGAGAGACCACAGUUGAAGAUUGAAGUUCCCGCCAACAGAUAUGACAUGUUGUGUAUUGAGGGAAUUGCACAGGCUUUGAAUGAGUUCUUAGGAAAUAAGGAGCAACCAAAGUACACUUUGAAGCCGGAAACACCUGAAAUUACUUUAACUAUCAAGGAGUCUACUUUUCCUAUUCGUCAAUUCGCUGCUUCGGCAAUUUUGAGGAAUGUGACAUUCGAUCAAAGAUCAUACGAUUCUUUCAUUGCCUUGCAGGAUAAAUUGCACACGAACUUGUGCCGAAAUAGAACUUUGGUAGCUAUCGGAACCCAUGACUUUGACACGUUGACUCCUCCAUUUACGUAUGAGGCAUUACCACCAAAGGAGAUCAAGUUCAAACCUUUGAAUCAGUCAAAGGUCAUGGAUGGUGAAGAGUUGAUGGAGUUUUACGAGAAAGAUAAAAAUAUUGGUAAGUAUUUGCACAUUAUCAGAGACUCGCCGGUAUACCCAGUUAUGUUGGACGCAAACAGAACUGUUGCUUCGUUACCGCCCAUCAUCAACUCGGACCAUUCCAAGAUUACUUUGAACACCAAGAACGUUUGGAUCGAUGUUACCGGAACUGAUAGAACCAAAACAGAGAUUGUAAUCGAGCAAUUGGUGGCAAUGUUUUCAAGAUACAGUAAAACUCCAUUCGAAAUCGAGCCCCUCAAAGUAAUCUCUGAACACAAUGGCCAGACUCGUGUAACUCCUAAUGUAACUCCAAGGGAAGCUAAAGCUGAAAUUUCAUACAUUAAUUCGUGUUUGGGUUUGGAUUAUUCCGGGGAACAAAUUGCCGAGUUGUUGAAGAAGAUGUCAUUGGAAGCUACACCUUCUAAAGACAACAAGGACCUUCUUGACGUUAAGAUUCCUAUUACCAGAUCAGAUAUCUUGCAUCAAUGUGAUAUUAUGGAGGAUGCUGCUAUUGGUUAUGGAUAUGAUAAUUUGAAAAAGACUAAACCAAGCAGUGAAAGUAUGGUUGCUUCUGCGUUGCCUGUAAAUAAAGUUGCUGAUAUUUUGAGAGUCGCCAGCUCGCAAGCAGGCUACCUGGAAGUCAUGCCUUUAACAUUGUGUUCGCAUGACGAGAAUUUUGGGUGGUUGAGAAAGAAGGAUGAUGGAACCACAGCAGUAAAGUUGGAGAACCCAAAGACGAUUGAAUACCAAGUUGUCAGAACUACGUUGUUGCCCGGUAUCCUAAAAACUAUUAAGGAGAACAGGAAGCAUUCGUUGCCUAUUAAAGUGUUUGAGUGUGGCGACAUUGUCUUGAAAGACGAUAGUUUGGAAAGAGGUGCAUUCAACCAGCGCAACUGGGCCGCUGUAUAUGCUGGUAAAACAUCUGGUUUCGAAUACGUGCAAGGUUUGUUAGGAAAGAUCAUGCAAACCAUGAGAACACCAUGGUUGGAGAACCCAACAGACGACACAAGAAGAGGUUACUGGAUUGAAGAGGAUAAAACAAACACGACCUUCUUCGAUGGAAGAGGAGCCAAAAUCUUCUUUAGAGGUCAAGCAAAUGGUGAAGCCAAAGAAAUUGGAAGUAUCGGGGUAUUGCACCCAGAAGUGAUGAAAAAUUUCGACAUCCCUUACGCUGCUUCAUCUGUUGAAUUGAAUGCCGAAGUCUUUUUGUAA